AUGUCUUUUAUCGACCUUGUAUCUCGCUUAAUUUAUGGACAGCCUAUCAGCCCUGAGACCAGCUUGUCGCCUGGAAAUUACACGCCCAUUCCACAACCACCCACUGUUCCUCUUCUUCUCAACACUCCGCAGAUUGACAAGAAGCUCCCCCACGAGAGCUUUCGUUUACUACACCAAAAGUAUGGAGAGAUCUAUGUCCUUGCGUUCCCGGGCCGUCGUGUUGUCUUCCUGAACAGCCAUCGGCUGACACUUGAAGCACUUGAUGAGAAGAAGUUUCACAAGGCGCUCACAGGUGGCUUACUCGAGCUAAGAGGUCUCGUUGGAGACGCUCUCUUCACGGCUCACCAUGGCGAACACAAUUGGGAAAUCGCUCACCGCAUUCUUACCCCUGCCUUUUCUCCAGCGAACAUAAAGGGAAUGUUUGGAGACAUGUUCGAUAUUGCCAGUCAACUCGUCCUCAAAUGGGAACGCUACGGGCCGGAACACAUUAUCAUUCCAGCCGAAGACUUUACGCGCUUAGCCUUCGACACGGUGGCUUUAUGUACAAUGGGUUACCGAGUGAACAGUUUCUACAACGAUGCAGUCCAACCAUUCAUUGUUUCCAUGGCAGACUACUUACUCGAAGCGCAACGUCGAGCUACGAUGCCCUCCGUUGUAAAGGCGCUUUCGAGCACUGCGAAGUGGGAUUCGGAUAGGGAGCUGAUGAACGAGAUUGUUAACAAAGUCAUCAGUGACAGGCGGCGAAGCGGUAUCCAGCGAGGCGACCUUCUCGACCUGAUGCUCCACGGAAAGGAUCCAAGGACCGGAGAGUCGCUAUCGGAAGAGAACAUUCGCUAUCAGGCAAGCCAAAUUUUCUUUCUUUCUCUUGCCCAAACCGACCAAGGAAUGCUCACAUUCAUCACAUACGAACUUCUGAAGAGUCCUGUAUCGUAUGCCAAAGUCCGCGAAGAGGUAGAUCGGGUUCUUCAAGGGAAACCCAUACAGCCAGAGCAUCUCAGCAAACUACCUUAUAUUGUUGCUGUCAUGCGCGAGGCCCUACGACUUCAUCCUCCGGCAACAGCAAUCGCCGUUACACCCUAUGAAGACACGGUCCUUGGUGGAGAGUACAUGAUCCCAAAAGGAACCGUCGUAGUGCCUCAAAUAGCCAGGAUACAGAGAGAUUCGACUGUCUGGGGAGAAGAUGCCGAGAAGUUCAAACCCGAAAGGAUGCUAGAUGGAAAUUUUGAAGCACUACCCGGUCGACCAUUUGCUUGGCAAGAGGCCAUCAUCGCGUUAGCUACCUUAUUCCAGCGGUUCGACUUUGUCAUGGCAGACGAAAGCUACAACUUAACCCUCAAACAAACCCUGACCAUCAAGCCCGACAACUUUCACAUCCGAGCAAUCCCUCGAGAUAACGCACCUCCUCUUGUCAUUGGAGCAACGUCGGCACCAAAGCCCGCGACUAAUGUUGGUGAAGCGACCCCUGCUACUCUCUCCAACGAAGAGAUGGAGAAAAAGGUUCCCAUGGCCGUUCUUUACGGCAGUAACACUGGCUCUUCAGAAGCCUUUGCACAAAGGAUCGCGUCGGCUGCAGCUAGCAACGGCUUCAAUGCCAGGAUCGCCACCCUCGAUGCAGCCACGGGACACUUGCCGACGAUUGGACCCACUGUGAUCAUCACAGCAUCAUUCGAAGGCGAACCCGCAGACAAUGCCGGUCGCUUCGUUCAAGAUCUCACAACUAUGAACGGUACACCAUUGGAAGGGGUAUCUUACGCCGUCUUCGGAUGUGGGAACCGAGAUUGGGCACUUACUUAUCAGCGUAUCCCCAAGCUUAUUGAUGAGAAGAUGGAGGCUGCAGGCGCGAAAAGACUCCUGGAACGUGGAGAAGGCGAUGCAUCUGGUGCGGAAUUCUUCGACUCAUUUGACGCCUGGGAGGUCAAACUCUGGGAGACUCUUUCCACGAUUUAUAACACAACGGCCACCAACCGCCCGACGGAAGAGGAACUGGAUGUCAAGCUUUGUGGCACAGGCAUGGAGCGUGCUAUUUCCCUGCGACAGCCAGAUGCGGCGCUUGGUAAAGUGGUCGAGAACCGCAUUCUCACUUCAAAUGCGGAGCAAGAGAAGAGACAUAUUGAAUUCGAGCUACCGGAGAAUAUGACCUACAACGCUGGGGACUACCUGGCCAUUCUGCCCACCAAUCCUCCCGCAUCUGUUAGGCGUGUGUUUGCAAGAUACAAACUAUCGGAGGAGGCUAUGAUUACGAUUAACGCUAGUGGCGCCACCACCCUCCCUACGGGCCGACCGGUCGAGCUCAAGCAAGUACUGAGUGGAUACGUCGAGCUGUCCCAACCGGCAUCGAAGCGGAACCUCGAGACCCUCAUUGAAGCUGCUGAUGAGGCCGUAAAGCCGGAGUUGAGGGCUAUGGCCUCGGCAUACAAAGACACCGUGGUCGACAAGAGGAUCAGUGUUUUGGACAUUCUAUGCAAGUAUCCGACAUUGCCUAUCUCAUUGGGGAGUUUCCUGGCUAUGCUCCCGGCAAUGCGAGUGAGGCAAUAUUCAAUUUCCUCUUCACCACUCUGGAAUCCGCGCCAUGUCACCCUCACUGUCAGUGUAGUCAACUCACCUGCAAUCAGCGGUACCGGCGAGAUCUUCCAAGGCGUGGCAUCCAACUUUUUGGCCAACCUGCGACCAGGGGAUCUCGUCCAGCUCAUGAUCCGCCAAUCCGCUACGACGUUCUCUCUACCUGUCGACCCGAGUGUUCCCAUCGUACUCUUUUGCGCAGGCACCGGACUCGCACCUAUGCGCGGUUUCAUCCAGGAGCGUGCGAUGCAGAUUCAAAGUGGUCGAAAAGACAUCGGGAAGAUUCUCCUCUUCUUUGGAUGUCGAGAUCCAGGCAAGGAUUAUCUCUAUUUCGAGACCGACCUUGGAAAGUGGAUCGAGCUAGGUGUGGUCGACGUUCGACCUGCGUUCUCGCGGGCACCAGAGAAAAGCGAAGGGUGUCGGUACGUUCAAGACCGAAUUGUGAGAGACGGAGAUGAGGUUCGAAAAUACUUCCGGGAGAAGGCCAAGUUCUUCACAUGUGGUGGGACGGCUGUUGCCGCUGGGAUUCGCGAAGCCUGUAUCAAGUUGAUUGAAGAGGACUGUGGCUCGCGGGACGGUGCAGUCGAGAAGUUUAAAGCACUUCAGAAGGAGCGCUAUGCCACUGACAUCUUUGGAUAA